AUGUUUGACAAACGGUGGUGUAAGAAACCUGAGUUAGCAGAAGUGGUAAGAAGAGGUUGGUGUAGUUCUUUUUCUCCUGGGCAAGGUACAGUUUCAGAGCGUAUUCAAUCAGUUCGUCAGGAGAUUUCGAAAUGGAAACGAUGUGCAAAUGUGAACUCAGGUGUUAAUAUAAAGCGCUUGCGGCAAGAGUUAGAGUUGGAAGAGAGCAAAGUUUUACCUGAUCUAGCAAGGCUUCCUGUCUUGCGGCUGGAGCUUGAAAAAGCUUUUUCAGAGGAAGAAGCUUAUUGGAAGGAAAAAAGUAAAAAUACAUGGCUCCAAGGGGGAGAUAAGAAUACCAGAAUUUUCCAUGGUUGGGUGGAGUCAAGGAAGAUGAAGAAUAAAAUCCAUUCUUUGAUAGACUCUGCGGGUAUGGAACACUUUUCUGAGGAUAAGAUGGGAGAGAUUGCCGUUAAGUAUUUUGAAGAUCUGUUUCACUCCUCUGGAUCUGCGGCUCCCUCUGAACUGCUGGAAGGAAUGCAGCCAAGAGUUACGGAAAGAAUGAAUAGUGGGUUGACUAAGCCUAUUUCGGAUGCUGAGAUCAAGAAAGCUGUUAAGGCGAUCAAGAGUGAUAGUACCCCUGGAGUUGGCGGGUUGACAAGCCAAUUUUUUCAAAAAUAUUGGGGCAUUGUUGGUCCCCAAGUUACUAUAGAGGUUCGGAAGUUUUUUGAAUUAGGCCAGCUUCCCGCGGAUUGGAACUUCACUGAGAUAUGUCUUCUUCCGAAAGUGCAGAACCCCAAUGAGAUGAAAAACCUACGACCCAUAAGUUUGUGUUCUGUGGUUUAUAAGAUUGUCUCAAAAAUCUUAUGUGAUCGCUUGAAGUUAGUACUACCGCUCAUCGUCUCUCCUACACAAGGGGCCUUUGUAGCAGGCAGAUUGAUCUCAGAUAAUGUACUAAUAGCGCAUGAGAUGGUACAUGGCCUGAGAACGAACACUGCAUGUAAGUCGGACUUCAUUGCGAUUAAAACGAACAUGUCAAAAGCAUAUGAUCGUGUGGAGUGGGAUUUUCUAGAAGCGUUAUUUCACAGAUUAGGAUUUCAUCACCAAUGGAUCGCGUGGAUUAUGUGUUGUGUGCGUUCGGUAUCCUUCUCGGUUCUACUUAAUGGACAAUCUUAUGGACAUAUCAUUCCGAAACGUGAGAUCAGACAGGGGGAUCCUCUCUCACCUUUCAUAUUCAUCUUAUGUGCUGAAGCCUUGGUGCAUACUAUGAAUCAGGCUGAGCAGCAGGGGUUGAUCUCAGGUAUGAAGCUUGCUCCAAAUUGCCCUACGGUUCAGCACCUGUUGUUUGCAGACGACAGUUUCUUCUUGUGUCGGGCGUCUCUUCCGGAAUGUGCAGAAUUUCUACGGAGGCUGAAACUUUAUGGUGAAUCUUCAGGGCAGGUUAUUAACUUUCAGAAAUCUGCAAUUACAUUUGGAGUUGGAAUUGAUCCGGUGUUGAAGAGAUUACUGGCUGAGUUCUUGGAUAUAGAAAAUGAAGGUGGAGAUGGGAAGUACCUUGGUUUACCGGAAUGCUUCAGUGGCUCCAAGAAAAAGUUACUUGCGUAUAUAGGUGAGAAGAUGAGUAAGCGACUCAGAGGAUGGUUUGCCAAAAAGCUUUCCCUUGGUGGAAAGGAGGUACUACUCAAGUCAAUUGCUCUGGCCCUGCCUGUUUACGCUAUGUCAUGUUUUCGAUUAACAAAGCACCACUGUCAGAAAAUAAUGAGUGCUAUGGCGAGUUUUUGGUGGGAUGAAUGUGAUGAGAAGAGGAAGAUUCAUUGGAUUUCUUGGGAGAAACUCUGCAUUUCUAAAGAGAAUGGUGGAAUGGGAUUUAGAGAUAUUGAAGAUUUCAACCAAGCCCUUCUAGCCAAACAAGCGUGGAGACUGUUGAAUGAUCCAAGCAGUUUACUAGCAAGAAUAUAUAAGGGGAGGUACUAUGCUAAUAAGGGCUUCAUGGAGUGUGGAAAAGGGUAUAGGCCCUCAUAUGCUUGGAGAAGCAUACUCUUUGGCAGAGAGUUACUGAGUAAAGGGUUGAUUAGAUCCAUUGGAGAUGGACAAACAACGCUUGUCUGGAGCCAGAAGUGGAUAAUGGAUGAUAUUCCUCGCAGACCUAUUAACAAGGAAGUCUGCUUUGAUGUCAAUUUGAAGGUCUCCACGCUCAAACUAAACGAGAAGCAAUGGGACAAAGACAAGCUUCAAACUCUCUUCCCCAUCAAUGAGGUGGAGCGAAUCUUGCAUAUGGAUAUUGGAGAGGUGGCAGACAGAGAUAUUUGGGCUUACUCUUCUCAUGGUUCAUAUACGGUGAAGAGCGGGUACAAGGUGGCUGUGAAAGAAAAAGAGAAUAGGGCUGUACAAGCUAGCUUAAAUUCUCAAGGUUCAUUGGAGUUAAAGAGAUACAUUUGGAAUAUUCCUACGCUUCCAAAGAUCAGAAGUUUUUUGUGGCGGGCAGCUUCUGGUGCUCUCGCAGUGACGGAACGAUUGAACACAAGAGGAAUGAAUUUGGAUACGCUGUGUAAGCUCUGCAGAAAUAGUACAGAAUCGAUCAAACAUGUGUUAUUUGGGUGUGUUACCGCUACGGAUAUUUGGUCUAUUGCUGGAUUUCAACAAGGGAUGGUGAACCUAGAUGGUAGUCUGAUUGACUGUUUAUCGAACUUCUUAAAGUUAAUGGAGGUGGAGUCAAUUCCGUUGAUACAAAGGAGAGCUAUUCCCUGGUUUCUGUGGACCAUUUGGAAAAAUAGGAAUCAGAUUCUCUAUGCAGACUCGCAGACCUCGCUUUCUACUCAAGUAAUGCAGGCGUCUGAAGAAGCAAGAAUUUGGCAUGAGUUCAACUUCGACAACAGGAACGGCGAGCAAAUGAAUGGAGUGUUGCUGGAAUGCAAACAGUGGGAACCUCCUAUACCAGGAUCGGUGAAGUGUAACAUUCAUUCGAAUUGGAGGAAUGCAAAGUUACAUAGCGGGGGAGCUUUUAUUAUAAGAGAUCACAGUGGUAAUGUACUUCACCAUGCAAGAGAUGCUUUCACGUUUUCGCCAAAUAGAUUAACAGCGGAGUUGCGUUGCUUGGAAUGGGCGUUACAGAGUAUGAAAGAUCUUGGUUACCAGGAGAUAGUUCUUGGGUCUGAUCUUCAUGAUCUCACUGAUGCGGUUACAUGUCAAUUGAACUGGCCAAGGUUCCGAGCUAUCUUGUCUCGACUAAGAAUAUUGUGUAUGUCUUUUUCUUCCAUUGCCUUUGAAACAGAAACGGUAGUAUCAAAUGGGGAUGCUCGAGAGAUUGCCAAGAGUGUGUUACGUGAUGGACGCUUUCAAUCAUACUUAGCAUUGGGUGGGCCUGCGUGGCUUCAUCAACAGAUUCUCAGAGAUGCUUCUUUUAUUCACUCAUAG